AUGAGAAACAUUGUUUUUCAAGAGCCGGAGAUUUACGAGAACUAUGAUCCAGUGAGACGCCUCGGUAAAAUGUGGGAUUCAAUUCGGGUUCCAAUAAUCGUCCCCCUUUUGCGCUUUGCGGUUUAUCUAUGUCUGGGUAUGUCCAUCAUGCUUUUCCUUGAAAGGGUAUACAUGGCAAUUGUGAUUGUCUUUGUCAGAAUUCUAAGGAAGAAGAAGUACACCAAGUACCAGCUAGACGCCAUAAAGGAAGAUCUCGAGAUCAACAGGAACUACCCCAUGGUGUUAGUUCAGAUCCCUAUGUUUAACGAGAAGGAGGUUUAUAAGCUAUCCAUUGGAGCAGUAUGUAGCCUAUCAUGGCCAUCGGAUCGGCUCAUCGUGCAGGUUCUUGAUGACUCAACCAAUGAAGAACUAAGGCGCUUGGUGGAAUUGGAAUGCCGCAAAUGGAUAGCGAAAGGAGUUAAUGUCAAGUAUGAAACAAGAAACAACAGGAAUGGGUACAAGGCCGGUGCCCUUAAAGAAGGCCUAAGGAAGGAUUAUGUCGAGGAUUGCGAAUUUGUUGUAAUAUUUGAUGCUGAUUUUCAGCCAGAUGGUGAUUUCCUGUGGAGGACUAUCCCUUACCUACUCGAGAACCCAGAGUUGGCCUUGGUUCAGGCUAGGUGGAAAUUUGUGAAUGCCGAUGAAUGUUUGAUGACUCGACUCCAAGAGAUGUCUCUUCACUAUCACUUUGGUGUCGAGCAGGAAGUUGGCUCCUCGACGUGCUCAUUCUUUGGCUUCAAUGGAACUGCUGGUGUUUGGCGUAUCAAAGCACUGCAUGACGCUGGCGGCUGGAAAGACAGGACAACAGUGGAGGACAUGGACCUGGCAGUUAGAGCAAGCCUCAAGGGCUGGAAAUUCCUUUUUGUUGGUGACCUAGAGGUGAAAAAUGAACUACCAAGCACAUUCAAAGCAUACCGGUACCAACAGCACCGCUGGUCAUGCGGGCCUGCUAACCUCUUCAGAAAAAUGUUUAAAGAAAUUAUCAUGUCGUGUGUCGCUAUGGAAGAAAUGGCAUCAACAAUCUUGGUCCCAGAAGUCCAUCUUCCAAGACCAUUAGCUAUAUAUCUUCCCGCAUGCAUCACCAUUCUCAAUGCGCUCUCGGUUAUAAGGCACGAAGAUCCAGCUGAGAAAAUUAAAUUCGUUAGUUUUCAAUUUCAUGUAAAAUUGUGCUAUGAAACUGAUUGGGAGUGUUUGCACCUACUUUGUCCACAGGUCUACGCAUCUGCUCGUCUUCUGGAUACUGUUUGA